AUGGAGUGGGGAUCAGGGCGGGUCUCGAAGGAGGAGAAGCUCAAUGCUGCCCGUAAUGCGGUUAUUAGUUACCUAGCGGGUACCAAGGAUAAUGACGAAGACCCCUGGACUGAGCUUGUGCGGUUGAUCAGCGAUUCGAGUCAAGGUGAGGUGUUUACGGAGUUCAAAUCUCUUCUGGACAGUGUGCGAGAUGUCAAUGAUAAAAAGAAGCUGGGGAUACCAUUGCUCCAUUUAACUAUUAUUUAUGAUAGAGCGUCAUAUAUCGAGUUUUUGUAUCAAGGAGCAAGGUCAAAACUUGAUUUUAAUCUAUGCGACGAUGUUGCAGGGUAUACCCCGUUAAUGUGGUGUUUUCUGUUAGAAAGAACUGAUUGUUGCACAGAACUGCUUACUUGGUCAACUGAAAUCGAUUUCCACAAGGUGUCUAAGGAGGAAAAAUUGUCCGCUUGGGAUAUGGUGGCUAAAUACUCUGACUUCUACAUGUUCCUAGAACAAAACAAUAUGCUUCAAUACCAAGACAUACCGACCUUCCAAGAAAAACUUACAACUGAGAAUGAUAAUUCAUCAUCUGCACUUGACCAGAAUGCCCUAAGAAACAUUGACUUACAUGUCGCUGGGUUAUCGCUUGCCAGUACCCAAAAUAAUGAAGACAUUUUUGCUUCCAAUGCAACCGAGUCAAGAAAUGAUUACUUAUUUGGUACUGAACAAAUCGAUUCAGGCAUAAAUGAACAGUUUGACUUUACGAAAUUACUACCGAAUCAGUAUGUAGAGUUCGAAGAUUAUGACAUAAAACAGUUGCUGGAUUUGUUAGAGUCUUUGCCAAAAAAGGAACCCCAUAUGACAACUUAUGCGGCUGCAUUAAUAUUCCAGAUGGUAAGAUUUGCAGAGCAUAAAAAAAAACAACCUCAACUUGUUCACACGAUAAUGAGUCUUUCGCUUGCUAGAAUUUUGGCAGCAAUUACAACAGAAACCGAUAUGACACAAGAAUCCGCAGAUACAGCAUUUAGUUCAGGUGAUAUUGUGUCUCAAUCAUACUGGCUCGGUGUGCUAACAUUCUUGUACUAUUAUCUUACUAGAGAAGAAGGUUUCUUCAAAAAAUAUCCAGAAAUUCUUCAAGAGUUAAUUAACACAAUUCAUAGUGUGAUCAUCGAACUGACUUUGUCAAUAUAUUCUAGAUUGACCUCAAUUAUUCAGCCAACUAUUCUUUCUUACACAACUAUCUCAGAUGUUAAAGAAACUUUAUACAAGAGAGACUGGAACUUUUUUAAGAAGAGAAAACAUCACAAAAUGAUGCAAAAACAAAAAAAGCAAGAAGAGGAGUUGAGAAAACAAGAAGAAGAAACUCUUCAAAAUAAUGAAGACAAGUUGCAGAUAUCUGAAGCACUUGAUGAGAGCAAUGAUAUUGAUGAUGAAGCGGAAGACAAAAAAAAACAUUCGAAAUUAAAACUAUUCAAGAAGAAAAGACAUUCUGGACAACUAUCUACCUCAAUGAGUAACGACUCAAAACUAGAAAAUUCCUCUAUUAAUGAAAAUACAGACCUAUAUUAUGAUACAGAAGUUAUAAAACAUUUAUACCCACCUUCAAUGGAAGAGCAGAUGAAGCCCUCUCCCAUGAAAGUGGUACAAAUAUUUGGUGCAUUAAUGUAUGUACUUAACUUACACCAAAUCCAUCCUCUCUUUCAACAACAGUGCUUAUCGCUAGCCAUUCAAUGGUUCUCUAAUAACCUUUUCAAUCAAAUCUUAAAAGACAAGAAAAAGAAAUCCCUUUCUCGUGCACAUGCAAUUCAAAUAAGAUUAAACCUAUCGACAUUUGAGGCAUGGGCUAAGAAUAACGAUUCAAAAGUUCCAAAACCUAAAAUGAUCGAUGACUUUAUGUGGGAAAGGUUUCCGUACACUCUUGUAGAAGAUGUUGCCAAUAUUGACUUGAGUAAUCCUAUUUUAAAUAACGUGGCAACUGUCAACAAGGUCGAUAACAGUUCAGGUUUGAAUGAUGAUUUACCUCUAAUAAGAGAUACAGAUAACUCCUUGUUUUAUUAUCAAUCUCUACACAGGAUCUUACAGAUUCACAUGGAGCCUGUAUUUCAGUUGUUACAAUGGUUACAGGUUGCUACUACUAUUGACUCAGAAGAUGCCCUUGACUCAACGUUAGACUUGCUUUCUCGCUUGACACCGACUCAACUUCUAAAAGCUGCUGAUAAAUAUAGUUAUGAAAUUGAUGAAUCCAAAUUUAAUUCUAAACUGAAGAAGAAACUCUCGGCAAUGGCAAAAGCGUCGAAUAAUAAGGAAUCACCUUAUUUGCCUGAACGCACUGUUUCGCUUUUAGUUCUACCUACGAUUCCCGAAAUGACAGAUAUAUAUGCAAGAGGUGUAGACCAUGAAUCAUAUCAGCCGUUGCUCCCAGUAUCUAUUCAGGACAUGAUCUAUGAAAUCCAUAGUGAAAAUGCCAAACUACGUAUGAAUGCCUCCGAGUUUUAUGAUUACCAAAAUGAAGAACAGCAUGAGCAAGAGGUUGAUAAUGAAGAAGCACAUGAAGAUUCAUAUAAAGAAAAUUCCUCUGCAAAUGAAGAUAAUGACUUAGAUAACAAUAAUGACAGAUUUGAAUAUCAGACAGUUGAUACUCCUGCCGUCGCAUCACAUUGGGCUCCAAAGGAAGAUUUCGAGGAAAAUCCAUGGUAA